AUGAGGACGAGUUUCUGGGUCUCGACGACUGCGCUGGUUUUACUGUCUGGGCUUUGUCAGAGCCGCUCAGAGGGAGGACGCAGCAUCGAAGCAACACUUGAGCGCCGCACAGCCGAGCACUUGGGUGAAUUUGACGAAGAGUUCCCAGAGGUUGUGUACCACGGCGAGAUAGGGAGGAGCCCAGAGCAAGUUAAACAGGCCGGGGGCUUUUAUUCGCGAGGGAUGCAGAGGUCCCUUUCAGGACAUCGACUUUCCAUCAUCGAGCUGGAAGAAGGCAGCAGCCUGUUCCGGCAUGCGGCGGGAGAGACAAGCGACUAUACGCGUUUUGUCUCGACGAGUGCCGACCCCGGCGUGUCGCUUACGUUCGCCGUUGAUGACGAGCACCCAAGAGAUAAGGGCUUUGUCUACAGGAUUCAUCGUGACAGCAAGAUGGUUGAUGUGAACAGGUCUCUUGGGAAAUACUCGCCUUACCCCGGCCAAAAGGAGCACGCGGCCAUUCAAUUUAUCCCGUACCAGCAGGUUGAGGGCUGGUGGGUUGUGACAUAUCAGCACCACUUUUCAAACCCAGCCAUCGGAAAACGGACGCAAAAGAGGCUGCGGAGGGGAAGGCUCAGGAGGCACUACCACAAAAACCCAGACUUUGACCGCAGCUUCGCAAGCUUCGCAAGCCCGAGAGACGGGGGCAGGGCACCAGGGCUCGCCGGGUUCCCUCGACACUCGAUCGCAUGGGACGAGGACACGUGGAAGGAAUUCAAGACGAUCCCGGUGAGCCGAAGCCUCGACGCCAUGGUUGAAAAGCGGUGCACCGGCAAGUACGGCUGCACGCCUCGCAAACUCAAGACGGCCGCGGGCAGCGGCAAGUCUGGCGGCGGCGGUGGCGGGAGAAAGAAGAGGCCGGCGGCAACGGCUCCAGUUCCCGUCGACGGGCCCAUGGACCCGGGGAAGCCCAAGGCGAGCAAAUAUCGCGUGUUCGCCCAGGCGGGCACGCUGGUGGGGUUCAACGUUCUGGCACCGUACCUGCGCACAGUGCUCCGCCUGCUGCGGGAGUGGGACCACCCCAUUGGCCGGGCCGUCAGGGCGUUUGACGACAGCAUCAACGACCUGCAGGAGGCGAUCGGGGGGCCGCGGCGCACCGACAUCAGCGGCAACGACAACCAGGCAGCGCUCAUCAACUUCUUCAAGAAGGUCUUUUGGCUGCUGCAGGGCCCCGGGCGGCGGGAGAAGGACUUGCAGCUCCUGUCGUACGGCAAGAAGAAGAGGAUGCGGCUCGUCGGCGUCAAUGACGUGCUGAGCACCUGCGAGCGCGUCAGCGAGAGCCCGCCCGUCGACGAGCGCCUGCGGGCGGAGCUGACGACGGCCUGCGCGGGCCUCCGAAAGGUGGCGAUACAGGUGGAGAUGCCCAAGCCGGCAGCGCUCAAGACGGGACAGGCGGCCUGCCGAGUCUGCGGGCUGAGCUGGGACGACGCCGGCGGCCAGUGCAUCGACGCCAGCGGCACCAUCCGCUGGCCACGGGAGCCGCCUCCCGAAUCAACCUGCAGUGCCAGCGAUGGCGAUGGCGACGCCGACUGUGGAGACGGACAGACGGCCGCCGACCUCCAGCAGGGACAGGCCGUCUGCGCAAUCUGCGGCUCCAACUGGUACCCGGACGAGGGCCGGUGCAGGGACGACGCCGGCGUGCUCCUCUGGCCGCACAAGACCUGUGCCGGGCCCCACGGCAGGAUGCAGUGCGAGGGUAGCCAGACGGCAGCGCAGCUCGAGACGGGACGCGGCGUCUGCAGAGCCUGCGGCUUUGUGUGGGAUCCAGAAGGCGGCGAAUGCAGGAACGAAGACGGGGCGCUGCUCUGGCCGCCCGGGCCCAGCAUUGCAGCACGCGCUCUGAGCCUGUCGGGGUCCUGCGGCGAGCGUUACAACCUGGUCGAGUGCCCGCCGGGCCAGACGGCCGCCCAGGUCGAGAGGGGACACACCAUCUGCAGGGUCUGCGGCUUCAUGUGGAACAUGAAAAGCCAAAAGUGUAGGGACAAGACUGGAGCGGUCAUCUGGCCACCUGCGGCAUAG